UGAGCGCGCAUUAAAAGGACUGCAAAUUUUGAGCAAACAAAGUCGUGAAUUUUUUUAAAUAAAUAUGGACGAGGAAAACCAUUUACAUCGGUUUGGCACACCCUUGGAGCCACUUGAGAAAGAUGAGGUGCCCGCAAAAAAACCACUUGCGAUUGAAGACCAAAUUGUCAAAGAUGAAAAUGGUAAGCGCCGGUUUCAUGGUGCCUUUACUGGGGGCUUUAGUGCUGGUUUUUGGAAUACUGUUGGCUCACUGGAGGGUUGGACGCCACAGAAUUUCAAGAGUUCACGGGGCGAAAAAGCCAGCAAAGUGCAACAACGACCCGAAGACUUCAUGGACAAUGAAGAUUUGGGUGAAUUUGGAAUAGCCCCCCAAGGCAUACGCACACGAGAUGAUUUCUCAAAGGAGAGCGAGCAAGAGCAGCGAACGGGCCAGCGCAAACGCAAGCUGAUGCAGCCACAGGUGGCUGGACCCAUUCCCGGUGUACCUGUCCUGGAACAGCUUUUACGUCCCGUACGUGAUAAGGUUGCCGUGCGUAUACUAAAGAGCAUGGGUUGGAAGCCCGGCCAGGGUGUCGGACCGCGCCAAACGCGCAAAGAAAAACGACUGGCGAUGGCGCGUAACAAAAGAGAACAAUAUCUGCUGGACCAUUACGGGAAUGAGGGACUUCCAAGCUCGACAAAGCAACAGCACAGUGAAGAUGCAGCUGACGAUGAGGAUAAUGAUGACGAAGACGAAGAUGAAGAUGAGGACAUUACCUUUGCCCCUGAUGACUAUGAGCCCAUGUUUUACACCCCCAAAGAGAAUCGCUUUGGCAUGAGCUACUCAGGUCUCAGCCGUGCUCCAGUACUAUCCAAGAGCAGCACGACUGCAGCUCCCAUGCAGCACAUUAAUCUAUUUGGCCAGAUGGACACAGCGGCUAAGCAGAAGCCGUUCUCCAUACGCGGCCAGGCCUUUGGCGUGGGAGCAUUCGAGGAAGAGGACGAAGAUAUCUAUGCAAAGGACGACAUGACUCGCUAUGACUUUUCGCUGGCUGACAAACAGCCCCAGCAAAAGAAAGCACAGUAUGUGCAGCAGCGUCACGUGAUCGAUGGCUUCAGCGAGGACAAGAGUAACAUCACUCACAAUAAGCCGUUUGUAAUCGAUUUGCCUCGUGACUUUAAGCCUCGCAAUUGGCUCCAGCGGCGCAGCCGGUUUACGCCCUUGGAUGCAGAGCGUGCGCGUAAAAUAGCCGAGGCGGACUAUAAGAAGGCAGGCCUAGGUAGGCAUGAUCUAAAUCCGGAGCAGCGGGCCCAACUGCUCGGUGAGUCACAAGUCAAAAAAAAUCCCUUUAAGACGACAAACAGUGUCAGCACUCAGGAGCAACAGGAACGCAGUAAAUCUCUGCUUGAAUUAAUUAGUGCCAAAAGUAACAAUUUUACCAAGGGUGGACUCAUAACUACAGCCGGCGAGGAACUGCCAGCGACGACGGUGGCGCCAGUCGAGCUCAGCAAAGAGCUGCAAGAAUCGAAUGCUGCACUCCAGGCACAGGCUGCCAGCAAGACCAAGAAUUUAGCAUCUAGCCAACCCUCCAGCGGAUUCAAGCCCUUUCUUGCAGACGAAGCUAAACAGCAACGCUAUGAAAAGUUUCUGGCAGCAAAUCUUAAGGACGAUAAAGAGAUUACCGAAUUUCUGGCCGAGCUACAGCCAGUUACGCUUUCUUUGUGGGAUCGUGAAAUGGAAAAAAAGGAGUUUAUGCAGGCAUCCAAGAUCUACCGACCACUGGCUGGUCUCAUGCUCGACAGAUUUGUUUCAGAGGCUACGGUGCAGGAAGGGAAUGCAAAACAAGAAGUCCAACCAGAAGAGAAGCUUAAAAUUGUUAUGAAACGCACGAAAGCUAUGUGGAAGCCUAGCGCAUUGUUAUGCAAGCGAUACAAUAUCGCGGAACCGUUUGGCGGUGCUCUGCCAGAAGUCGAAAAUACAUUAAAAGGCAAAGCCAAAAUGUCCAUAUUUGAUUAUUUGGAGACUUCGGUCAACACCAAAGCGAAUUUCCAAACACCUACAAUUAUACCCAAGCACAUUGAGCUGCCCAAGCAGCACCAAGGACAGCAGCAGCGGGAGCAAGUGACGCUGCCGACUUCGAAGCCAGCACCAACAGCUCCUGUAGAAGAGGCAGAAGUUAAAGCGCCACUGGAGUCUGCUAGCAGCACAGCUACCAAUCCCACUUUUGUGUCGAAGACACCACUUGAACAUGCUGUAGAUGCGGCACGGGACAAGCCCAUUUCCGAAAAGAUUGAUCUUUUCAAGAGCAUAUUCGACGACAGCGACGAGGAGACAGAGGCCCCAGCAGUGGCACAGGGACAGCCGCCAGAGCUGGAGAGGGAUGCUAAGAUUAGGGAAAUGCAAGCUGCCUUGGGCUUGCCAUGCACCACAGCCACAUCAGCGGCGGCGGUCAAUUUGUUACGGAAUAAUUCACCUCCACGCGGACUAUUUGCGGCACUGUUCAAACCACCAGAGGAGAUGGUCAAGCCGACAGAGCCAGCGCCAACGAAGUUUGCUCCAAUUCCUGGCAACAAGUUGAAGAUUGCGUAUAAAUCGCGUGAGGAGAGACUGAGAAACGAUCGGGAAUUGGCCAUGGCAGAGGUGCCUCAAGAGGACCUCUACGGGCCGAAGCUGCCCAGCCAGCUGAAGCCCACCGAGGUCCAGGCCGAGGCCAGCAUCGAUGCCAAGCUGCAACAGCUCUGGCAAGAGCAUGCGCCGAAGAAACGCAAAGCUGAACAGUGGGUGGAACGCACGCUGAGCAGCAGCGAAGAUAGCGACGAGGAUAGCACCGAUUCCAGCAGUGACGACAGCGAUGUGAAGGCUAAGAAAUCAAAGUCCAAGAAGUCCAGCUCCAAAAAGUCCAAGAAGUCAAAACAGAAGUCCAAGAAAAAGUCGAAAAAGGGCGAGAAAUCAAAGCACAAGUCCAAGAAAAAGAAAAGCAAGCAUUAACACUAUGAGGAAUUA